AUGAUGAUCUCUCUUUUGCUAUACUCACUCUUCCUAGUGCUACCCACUUUGGCCAAACUUCAUGAACUAAACUGGAGAUUAUCCUAUAAACAAGUCAACCCAGACAACUCUAGCACUCCAUGUCAAAUCAUAUCAAUAAAUGAUCAAUUCCCACCACCAAUAAUCAGAUUAAAGCAACAUGACACUCUCAGGAUAAACCUGUAUAAUGGGUUGGAUGAACCUACUGCAUUGCAUUUCCAUGGUAUUUUCCAAAAAGGUUUUAAUCAAAUGGAUGGUCCAACAAUGUUGACACAAUGUCCUAUUCUUCCCCAGACCCAUUUCACUUAUGAGUUCACUGUGAAUCAAACAGGUACAUAUUGGUAUCAUGCUCAUGAAUCUGUACAAUACGGGGAUGGUUUGCGUGGUGCUCUGAUCAUAGAGGAGGAUGAACAAGAGUAUGAUCAGGAUGUUGUUGUGACGUUGAGUGAUUGGUAUUAUGGGAAAAGUGAACAAUUAUUACACGAUUCAAAAGGUAAUGAACCAAGAAUUGAUUCUUCAUUGUUUAAUGAUACAAGAAAUGUUAAAUGGGGAGUGGAACCUAAUGAGAAAAUCUUGAUUAGAUUGAUUAAUAUGGGGAUGAGUGGUUCUCAAUAUUUUUAUAUAGAGGAUCAUAACCUAACAAUAGUGGAGGUUGAUGGUGUUAAAAUCCAACCAGUUGAAGUGGAUAGUGUCUUGUUGGCAACUGGCCAAAGAUAUGGUGUUGUUUUACAGACAAAAUCAAAUAGAGAUCGAAACUAUGGAAUGGUUUCGAUAACAAAUAUGAUGAUGAGGAAAGUUUAUCUUGAUAAUUGGAUUGUUUAUGAUUUUGCCAAACCACUAGAUCCACCUUUGGAGAUCCAUCCAAGAGAUUUAAAUUAUAUUGAUGAUUUCCAAUUGAAGCCAUUAGUGUCAACACCUAGAUUAGGAACUCCAAACCAUCAGUUUGAAUUCACUUAUGAUAGUAUAGAUUAUCAAGGUCAAAAUUAUUGGACAAUGAAUGGUGUCCCACAUUUAUCCCCUAAGAUACCAACACUAAUGACUGUAUUAUCAAGUGGAGAUGAUGAAUUUGGGAACCCAUUAAUUUAUGGGAAUUCAACAAAUACUAUAAUCAUUGAAAAAGGUGAUAUCGUGGAUAUAAUUGUGAAUUCAAAUGAUAUGAUGAAACAUCCAUUCCAUUUACAUGGUCAUAACUUCCAAGUAUUGGCUCGUGAACGUAAAAAACAUUAUGAUUAUGAUGCUUCAAAAUUCUCAGAUUUCCCCCUAGUGAGAGAUACUAUAGUGGUCCCUAAUCAUGGAUAUGUUGUUUUAAGAUUCAUUGCUGAUAACCCUGGUGUUUGGUUUUUCCACUGUCAUACUGAUUGGCAUGCAGCUACUGGACUUGGUGUUGUUUUCAUUGAAAGUCCUGAUUUGAUAAGAAGAGAUUUGAAAUUGAAUAAAGAGAGCUUAGAGAUGUGUUUGAAGGGUGGUGUAAAGACUAGAGGAAAUGCAGCAGGGAAUGAUCAUUUUAUGGAUUUGAAAGGUGAUGUAUCAAUUUAUAACAUUAAUGAAAAAGAGUCAACAACAACAGCAACAGCAUCUUCUUCUUUACCAUCUCCAUCAUCUACGGAUUCAAUGAUGAAAUCAACAUCAUCAUUCCAUACAAAAGUUGUUGUUUUAAUCAUUUAUUUCACAAUCAUGUUGAUGAUUGCAAUCGCUGGUGCUUUUUUCAUCAAUAAACGGAUUCGUUCAAAUAUCCAUUAUAAGAAGGGGAAAUAUAGAAGAUUAUCCACAAUUGCAAACGUUGAACCUGAGCAAGGUAUUGAAUUAUAA